AUGUUGCUUGUACAUAAUAUGAAAAAUUCUUAUGUUCCUUCUCUCCAUAUUUUGAAAGAAAUUCUAUGCUCUGAGAUGAAGCUAGUGAACAAUGGUUAUGAUGAUGUUGUCAUAGCUAUUAACCCUGGGAUUCCAGAAGAUCCAAAGCUCAUUCCAAAAAUUCAGGAGAUGAUAACUUCAGCCUCAUCUUUUCUGUAUGCUGCCACCAAGCAGCGAGCUUAUUUUCGAGAUGUGAAAAUUUUAUUGCCCAUCACUUGGAUGUCACAACCACAUUAUCAAAGACCAACUACACAGUCCUAUGAGAAGGCUGAAGUGAUCAUUGCCGAUUCACAUACUAAAUUUGGUGAUGAUCCGUACACCCUCCAGUAUGGCAGAUGUGGUGAGCGGGGCAGAUAUAUUCACCUGACCUCCAACUUCAUGCUGAAUGAUAGUGUCAUCUCUAUUUAUGGUUCACGAGGUAAAGUGUUUGUACACGAGUGGGCCCAUCUUCAAUGGGGUGUUUUUGAUGAAUAUAAUGAUAUGGUGCCCUUUUAUUUUUCUGGCAACAAAAUCCGUGCAACUGGGUGUUCUAAAGAAGUAGCAGGAAAGUUUGCCUCAUGCUCAAGAGGUUCCUGUUAUUCCUGUAGCACUGAUAGUAACACCGGUCUCCCAAACCAUGAUUGUAUGUUUUUCCCAGAUGAAAGUCAAACGACAGCAGCUUCGAUAAUGUAUCUCCAAGGAUUAAAAGAUGUGGUUGAAUUCUGCGACAGUGGCACCCACAAUCCAGAAGCACCAAAUAUGCAGAACAAAAUGUGCAAUUACAGGAGCACUUGGGACGUGAUCAGUCAAUCAGAGGACUUCAAGAAUAACCCUCCAGCUCAUAUUACUCCCCUUGUGCCGACAUUUACUCUACUGCAUGCCAAGGAUCGAGUGCUAUGCUUAGUUCUUGAUGACUCUGGAAGCAUGGGUGCGGCAAACCGAAUUCCCAGGCUCAGGCAGGCAGCUUCGAUAUUCCUGAUGCAGAUCAUUGAAUUAGGAUCCCAGGUUGGCAUUGUUACUUUUGACAGCACUGCAAUUAUUAGAACAUAUCUGAGACCAAUUGAAGGCGACAAUGUGAGAAAGGAGCUUAUAAACUUCCUGCCUACAUCAGCAGGUGGUGGAACAAAUAUCUGUAAUGGGGUUCAGUCUGGUUUUCAGGUGCUUCGUGGAGACGAUGGUGCCACAAAUGGUGACGAACUGGUUGUGCUGACUGAUGGGGAAGACUCUGGUAUAAGCCGUUGCUUUAGAGAUGUGGAACAAAGUGGAGCUAUUAUCCACACCAUUGCAUUAGGUCCAAGUGCAGCUGCGGAACUGGAGAAAUUAUCCCUUAUGACAGGUGGUUUGAGUUUUUCAGCCACAGAUAAUCUGGAUGAAAAUGGUUUAAUUGAUGCUUUCACUGGAUUAGUAUCAGGAAAUGGCAACAUUAGUCAACAGUCAAUCCAGGUUGAAAGUUCUGCAAAGAGCGUUAACGUGAAUAGUUGGUUCAAUGGCACAGUUUACAUUGAUAAAACCAUUGGGAAUGAUACUUCCUUUGUAAUCACAUGGCAGAAUGCUGUACCAUCUGUCUUUGUACAAGACCCUCAUGGAAAGAUUUACAAAAACGUAAACUUUGAGAUGGACCAGUCUUUAUAUACAGGGAGGCUUGCCAUUCCUGGCACAGCAGAGAUUGGAGAGUGGACCUAUGCAAUGCAGAAUAAGGCUGCCAGAGUUGACAUUUACGCCAUCACAGUGACAUCCCGUGCAGCAGAUGAGAAAGUUCCCCCUGUCACUGUCAACGGACACAUCAAUCAAGAUACAUCAACAUAUCCAUCCCCUCUGGUCAUUUUUGCAGAAGUCAGUCAUGGUUUCUUACCCGUCCUUUAUGCAAAUGUGAAAGCCACGGUGGAACGGGCAGACGGCAGUUCUGUCAGCAUCGAUCUUCUGGAUGAUGGCGCAGACCCUGACGCUGUUAGAAAUGAUGGUGUUUAUUCUCGAUACUUUAUUAGUUUUGGUGGAAGUGGACGAUAUAACCUUAAAAUAUCUGUUCAAGGAAAAGAUGGGAUCACAAGAUUUGCAGCCAGGCGGCAAGGUCAUGCUAUGUACAUCCCAGGAUAUGUGCAAAAUGGCUUCAUUCAACAAAAUCCACCAAAGCCACCACCCAUUGAGGACAAUCCGCAGACAAACUUUGGAAGUUUCAAGAGAGUCAAGUCAGGUGGCACAUUUAUUGUAAAUCGGGUUCCUCAAGGACCUCUCCCUGACACGUUUCCCCCUAAUAAAGUCAUGGAUCUUAAAGCAACAAUAGUUGAAGAUAAAAUACAACUGAACUGGACAGCACCAGGCGAUGAUUUUGAUCAAGGAAAUGCUUCCUACUAUGAAAUACGGAUGAGUAAAAACUUCACACAGCUGAAAAAUGAUUUUCAAUCUGCUCGUAAGGUCAAUACCAAUGAUUUGAAUCCAAAGACUGCAAAAUCGGAGGAAUCAUUUAUUAUUUCUGAGAAUAUUGAACUGAAAAAUGGGACAAUACUCUACUUUGGAAUCAUUGCAUAUGAUAAAGCAAACCUUUCUUCAGAUUUGUCAAAUAUAGCACAGGCUGCCUUGAUUUUGCCUCCACGAACUCCAUCUACUCCACCUACACCAUCAAAUCAGACAUCGUCACUAACAACAUCUUAUUCAACUCAUAAAACCACAACCACAUCACGCUCACCUAACCAAACUAAUGAAUCUCUAGUGAUUAAUGUUUCCGAAAUUCUUCUAAUAGCUGGUUGUAUUCUAAUUAUAAUAACUCUGAUCAUUGCCAUCACUGUGUGUAUUGUGGCUACCAGACGUCGUCAGAGAGUGUCACCCAGUUUGAACAUUAAUCAGCUUCAGCAUGUUAGAACUCAUCAUCCUUAA